UAACAUAAAUAUACUGUAUAUAUAUAUAUAGUUUUAUUUACAUAAGUCUAUCUAUAUUAUUUGUUUUAAAUCAGUAUGGAAUUUAAUGCAAACGAGCAUCAGCACCUCCGAUAUAAUCCAUUAAAGGAUGAAUGGGUCCUUGUGUCACCUCAUCGAUUGAAACGACCGUGGGCUGGGAAAGUAGAAGAAAAUGAAGAAACGCAAAUUCCUGAAUAUGAUCUAAAGAAUCCACUGUGUCCAGGAAACAUUCGGUCAAGUGGAAAGCAGAAUGAACAAUAUGCGUCCACGUAUGUAUUUAACAAUGAUUUCCCAGCUUUGAUGAGUGAUGUAGUCGCCCCUGCAUGUUGUGAGGAUCCAUUGUUUAAGAUGGCACCAGCCAGCGGCGAAUGUAAAGUGAUGUGUUUCCAUCCUCAUUCAAACGUGACGUUACCUGUCAUGAAAAAGGAAGAAAUACUUAACGUUAUAAAUGAGUGGAUAUCAAUUAUAAAGGAAAUGGCAGCAAAAUACAAAUGGAUUCAAAUAUUUGAAAACAAAGGUGCAAUAAUGGGAUGUUCAAACCCCCACCCUCACUGCCAGGUGUGGGCGAGUUCUUUUCUCCCAAAUGAACCCCGUGUUUCGGAUAAAAACCAGAAAAGUUAUUUCCUGAAAUACGGUUCUCCGAUGUUGGUUGAUUAUGCUGCAAGGGAAUCGAAAUCUGGUGAACGCACGGUCGUGGAAAACAAUCAUUGGAUUGCAGUCGUUCCAUACUGGGCUACGUGGCCCUACCAAACCAUGUUGUUGCCUAAACGUCAUAUUUUAAGGAUGACAGAUCUAGAAGAUGUGGAAAAACAGUCACUGGCUGAAGCAAUGAAACUCCUGCUUACCAAAUAUGAUAAUUUAUUUAAAGUUUCUUUCCCUUACAGUAUGGGUUGGCAUGGAGCACCAACUGGGCCAGAGCUUGAAAGUGAUGUAAGCCACUGGCAGUUACAUGCACAUUAUUAUCCCCCAUUGUUACCACAGCGAGACAUCACGCCCGAAAAGGCUGCCGAAAAUUUAAUAUCUCUUCCAGAUGUGCAUUAUAGUGUUAGCACAAAAUAAACUGUAUAAUCCUACUAAGUUAAAGUUUCCUAAUUUUAUACUAGUUUAGUCAAUUUAAAGAAACAUUUUAUUGAGUUUUGAGUAACUAUUUGAAUGGAUUUAUUUUCCUAAUUUUAGUAAUUUAUACUCUUUAAAUUUGUUUAAAAAUGUUUUGUUUAGUUCUUUCUAAUUGUCAUCAUAUUUUGUUUAAUUUUUAUUUUUAAAUAUUUAUCUCAAUACACCGCCAUACAAAGUACUUUUGAUUUAUAUUGUUAUAAUGCAUGGUGAUUCAUAGCCUAUUGAUAAGUAUGAUACUUAAAGGGGCAUACCAACGAAAAAUCAUACAUUGUGUAUUGGUUUUACUUAAGAUGUUACUUAAGAAAGCCUGUAAUUGAGCUGAUAUAAAGCAGCUUAAAAGCUGGCUUAAACACACAACAAAGUAAGAAAGAAUCUUCUAAAAUAUAAUAAGCGUAUUGAACAGUUAGGAACCACUUAACUUUAUCACCCAUUCUUCAAUGUUAUAAUCGGUUCUUUUAUUUAUAUUUGU